CAGACUUCCAUUGGAUCGUAGUAAGAAGUAAUUAGAGUCAAUUUAAAGUGAUUAGCAUGCCCCAAACGAGCUUCCAUUGGUGACGUCAUUUUAAAUCAGUGCCACUGAAAUCACAUUCCGCAAGCUUUGAGGCUUAAACAGUGGCAAUACUCAGUUUGGGCUGAAGAACAUCAAAACUAUUAACAAUCUAUGAUGUACGACCAAUUCAGAUCCCCCGGAAAGCUGUUCCAGGAAAUAUGCGAGACAAAGCCAGUGACAAUGGAUGGUCUUGACAUCCCGGAGUUUCGCAUUUUGUUACUUGGUCAAGUUGGUGCAGGAAAGUCAAGUUUCUACAACACGAUCAGCUCUAUAUUUCGCGGAUAUGUCACAAGUCUGGCAAUCACGGGGCAGAGCGGACAUAGCAUCACUUCAAUAUUCCGUGUAUAUGAUGUCCAAUCGUCGCCUACUGCACCGCCGCUGAAAUGGAAAAUCUGCGAUACGGUGGGGCUGCUACCAAACUGCGGACUAAGCUUGAAUGAACUGCUGUACAUGGUAGACGGAAAUAUUCCCAACCGAUUCCAAUUCAGUCCGUAUGGCCGUGUAACACCGGACAGCCCCGGUUUCAUUGAGUGCCCAAGUUACUCCCAGAGAGCCCACUGCGUCGCAUUAGUAAUUGAUGCAUCUACAGUAAAUAGCAUGGCGGAAGAAAUGUGGGAGAAGUACAGAGCACUUCAGGACGCGCUAAAUGCUCGCAGAAUUCCCUUGGUGGUUCUGCUGACCAAGAUAGACGUCGCGUGUCCACAGACCCGCACCAACAUCAUGCAUGUAUUCCACAGCGACAUCCUCCAAAACCGAGUGCGCCUGAUCAGCCACAAACUACAAGGAUUGCCCGCCAACAAGAUCUUCCCAAUUAAGAACUAUGAAUGGGAAACUGAGCUGACUAUGAAUGUGAAUAACCUUUCUCUACUGGCUCUUCGUCAGAUGCUGCGCUUUGCACAAGACCAUGUCGAGGAUAGAGCAGAUCAUCUGCGCAUGACAGGCGGUCUUAGGCGCCGUCUGGGUAUGCGCGAGAUCCUCUGUCUCCUUUUCCUGUUGGCCAUUGUGAUGGUUUUCUUCCUCCACUGCAGUGGAGAGAAAGGUUCAGGAAAGGAACAGGAAAGCUCGUGGAGUUGUGUACAGAUUUGCGGCUCAUAACAAGCAAAGCGCGCUUCCCUAAUUCUGUUGCUCGAAAGGAAGUGCCGAACUAAAGAAAGACACCCAUCUCUUUUUCAUUGAUCGUAAAGAACUAAAAAAUUAGAUCGUACAGAACUGAAUAAAAAAACUGGGUCGUAAUGAACUGGAUCAAGCAUAGACAUUCAGAUGAACUGGAGCAUGUGGUCGACUCAUUGUCAUAAUGUGGUCGACUCAUUGUUUGUAUGACUGUAUGUGAAUCCUUGUCUUUCGUUUGUAUCAACACCUUGCUUCAGUUGAUUUGUAUGCAAAGUUGCUAUUACAACAAAUAAAUGGGUUAUUCAUCAUCUUCAAA